UGAUAGUGAUUGCGUCAGAGGGAACAGUUGAGGAACAAAAUGGAGGAAUAUGCCCGAGAACCAUGUCCGUGGAGGAUUGUGGACGAUUGUGGUGGUGCCUUCACAAUGGGGGCCAUUGGAGGUGGAAUCUUCCAGGCAGUCAAAGGCUUUAGAAAUGCACCUGCAGGGAUGAGCCACAGAAUGAAGGGUAGCAUGACGGCCAUUAAGACCAGAGCCCCACAGUUAGGAGGUAGUUUUGCAGUAUGGGGAGGCCUCUUUUCCAUGAUUGACUGUGGUUUGGUGAAGGUGCGGGGGAAAGAGGAUCCCUGGAACUCAAUCACAAGUGGGGCCAUGACUGGAGCCAUCCUUGCUGCAAGAAAUGGACCAGUAGCCAUGGUAGGCUCGGCAGCCAUGGGAGGUAUCUUGCUGGCUUUGAUAGAGGGUGCUGGAAUCUUGCUUACUAGAUUUGCUUCUUCACAGUUUCCAACUGGUCCACAAAUUUCUGAGGAACCUGCCCCUGCCCCCAUGCCUGCACCCUCCUUUGGAGAUUACAGACAAUAUCAGUGAGGGGACUCACCCACCCACCCACCUUUUCCCCUCUCAUCCUAUAGGCCUUUUGAAUUCCUUGCUGAAGUUACACAGAAGAAAUGGAGCUGGAAAUGACCACACAACAAGCAAUUAUUAUUGCACCUAACUAUAUAGACUGUCAGAGACAUGGAGGGCAGAACUCAUUGCUAUUUUCCAUCUCUUUCUGGGGCCAUGUACAGAUUUGCCUUUUGCCAUCCUCAGCCUUGUCAUUUGCAGCUAGUUCAUCUGACACUGGUUCGGUAUAGAUAUAUGUGGAAAUAGAUAUUUCAUUUGUUGCCUUGUUGGGGCAGCAUGUGUUUUUUUUUUGUUUUUUUUUACUAACAUACAUGUAUGCAAGCCCGCAAGUGGGACUUAAAGGCAGGCGGGCUCUGGCUAGUUUUAAAUCUAGCAUAAAACCAUGUCAUAGAUGGACAGUAGUGAAUGAUACUAAAUUGUAUGUAUGUAUGUACAGUAAAGGUUUCUGCAUGUAUUCAACUAUGUAUUGUUUAUUUGCCUUAAUGGUGUCACCUGCUUGGGUUGGCCAUUUUGUAGAUAUCAUACAUUUGGCUGACCUUUUUAUUUGACUUCAUUUGAAGGCAUUUAUUACAUUUAUUACAUUCAGUACAAUACCUGAGAUAUCAGUUUUUUAUGGUGGUUUAUUUAUUCUUAGUUGUGGAGAAUUGUACCAGUUUGUCUUGUCAGAUAUGACAGUGGUGUUAAGUUCCUCACCAAGAUAUAGAAAGAACUGCUAAUGGCAAAGGAUGGCAUGGGCAGUAAGAAUUUAUGCACAAACUCAAGCAAGGGAUUGAUGCUCGGUAAAUCUGUGACAGAUUGAACCAUAUAAUAAUAAAAACGUUUAAAAACGU